AAGACCAAGAUUAUAAUGUUGUAAGUACAAAAUAAUUAGCUCAUUUUUUUAGCCAUCAGCUGAAAAAAUAAAAUGGGAAGAGUCUCGGAUCCCAGCAUUCUUAAAUACAAAGACCAAGAUUAUAAUGUUAUAAGAGAUCAAUGUUUGGCUAAAGGAGAACUCUGGACUGAUCCUGAGUUUGGACCUAAUGAUAUUGCGCUAUGGGAGGGAGAACCAAAGAUACAGGGCAUUGAAUGGAAACGACCCAGGGACAUCAACCCCGAGGCCAGGAUGUUUGUUGACGGUGUAAGUGCAAAGGAUGUAGAUCAAGGUCGUCUUGGUAACUGCUGGUUCGUUGCAUCUGUGGCUUGCAUUGCUCAGGAUCCUCUACUUCUCAACAAGGUUAUACCAGAUGGUCAGGAUUACGGUGACCAGGACAGUGGCGUGUUUCUGUUCAAGUUCUGGAGGUUCGGUGAAUGGAUAGAGGUUAUAGUUGACGACUGGCUGCCCACUAUUGAUGGCACUCUCAUUUACAUGCACAGCAAGGAGAAUAACGAAUUCUGGAGUGCUUUGCUCGAGAAAGCUUACGCUAACAUCGCACAGCCUUGCUUAAAUCGAGUACAACGUGUACAUCGCUACUUGUACAUAAUGAGCUAUACAUUGGAAUCCCUGCAUCGAUUGGAGAAGGACAUUCGGGGAACUUUCGAUUCGUUGACUGGAGCAGCUAAGUGUAAAAACAUCACUGAAGUUACGAAGCAUGUUCUUAUGAAAGGGAACAAUGUCAGCAAAGACUCACUUGCUGGAUUUGUCAUGGAAUUUGUUAAGAUUGUAAACUGCAGCACAGACAUUCUUAAAUCUGCGUCAUCAAAUAUUGACACUUUGAAAUCUGAUCAGAUUGUAAAUCAGAAACUUAUGUUGGAGCUUAAGGACGAAAUUAUUCAGAAGAAGGACAAUCAUGUUCAGAAAGUUCAGGAGGUCGUCAAAACAGAAGUUAAAUCGUUUAGCGACAUAGUGAAGCAGAACAGUCCACAGAUCCCAGGCAAAACUUUGCAAGCGGCUGUGAAAUCAGCAGUUGACAAUGAUAAUCGCAGUCGCUGUGUGAUGGUAUACGGACUCAGGGAGGAUCCUAAAACCAAUCUUGAUACAGUUGUGGGAGGUAUGCUUAGUGAAAUUGCUGGAGCAGAAAAACCCUUCGUGAGGGAAUGUUACCGUCUGGGAACUGCGAAGCCUGGCCAACAUCGUCCAGUCAGAGUUUGCUUCAGCCGAUCAGACUCAGUUUCUGUUGUGCUCAGUAAUGCUAAGAACUUGAAGCAGUCGUCACAGUUCAAUAAAACAUUUCUGAGUCCUGAUCGAUCUCCUGAGGAGAGGCUGAUACGGAGAAAACUUGUUGAAUCUUUAAAAGCAAAGAUGGAGAAAGAGCCAGAAAAGUAUCACUUCAUACGAGGAGGAGAGAUCUGCACCACUGAAAGAAAAGUGACCCCGCAACACAGCACGGAAAAGAAGACGAUUCCACAACACUCAGGAUUCUCGAUUCCGCAACAUUCAGGAUUCUCCACUUCGAGUAAUCGUGCUGCUGGCCUCAACAAAUCUUUUACGCAGGGACCAUGGAUUCCAGGAACACUGUCCAUUAGUACUCCGAUGAAAAAGCGAUGA